AUGUAUGGACAAAACUUCGAGGGAGAGGUCCCUGCUUGGUGGUGUUAUUUCGAAGCAGUUAGUUACCUAAUCUAUAGAAUGCUUGAUGAGAUGGAUGGAAAAUAAGCCAGAAAGACUGGUAACUCUUCACCUCUAGGUUUACUAUUUGAUCAUGGAUGUGAUUCUUUCACUACAGGGUUAAUGACUAUGAUGUUAAUGAAGCUUCUUUAGGUCGGAAAUAGUCAUAUGCUCAUCUUAGGCCUAGUUGCAAUCACUUAAGCAUUUCAUUUCUCAACCUUAGAAGAAUACUAUGUUGGUGGACUCUUUCUUGGAGUUGGAAAUGGUGUUACUGAUGGUUCAAUCGUAUUAAUUGGAGUUGUCACUCUUUGUGGAGUUUUUGGGCAGUCGUUUUGGAAAGAAAUCUUCAGCAUUACUGUAUUUGAAGAAACCAGUUGCAAAUAAGUAAUUUAUUUAUUUUUGCUUAUUAUGUUUUAGUAUAUUUACAAUGGUUAGACAUCAGUAUAAAGACCUAACUCCGGAAUAAAGAGAGAUGAUGCUAUUAUUUACUGGAACCCUAUUGUACCUUGUUUGAUAGGUGUUUUCCUUUAUGUUCAUAUCACAGUACAUAUCUAAGUGGCUCAUGUUAGCAAAUAAAAGUAUAAUCCUUGGCCAAGACUUAUGCUAUCUUCCUUCUUUAUCAUGGUAAUCUAUACAGUACUCUGCAAAUAUUAAAGGUAUGAGAUCAACUAAUAGUACUAUUUUAUGAGUCUAUUAAUCUUUAUAUCAAUUUGUCAAUGGCAUUUUAUCCUGAAUGUAAUCUAUGAAAUGACAGUGACCCUCAACAUUAGAGUUUUCAAAGUCAAACCAGUAUAAAUACUUAUUAAUCAGAUUUUAUCUUUAGAAAAAUCAACAAUAUCAAUCCCAGCCUCUCCGAGAAGAAGUGGUCAGCUCCUAGAUAGAGAUGCAAGACAUAGGAAGGCCAGAUUCUGA